GUCUGCAGUUCUUUGUUCGCAGAUAGAGGCGACGGUGACGGUUAGAUUCGUCAGCAGUUUUCAACGUGCUGUUAGGCAGUUUCAUUCGUCUCUCGACCUCGACAGUGAACAGAGAUACACACACACAGUUUAACGUGUUAAUUUGUCAGACCAAUUCGAACCAGUUGCCUUUGUUCAUAUUUUUUUUUGAUAACAAUUAAAGAUUAUAAUGAUGGAUGACGAUUGGGAUCAUGAUGCUACGCAAAUUUCUACCUCAGAUUCGAAUAAUUUCGAUGACGGUGGACGUAGCUAUGGAAAAGGACGAGGAUUCAUAAUAAAAAAUAAUAACAACGAUGAGUGGAGACCAGGUAGCAAAAGCUACGACGAAGAAAGUACCAACCAUGAUCACUCAAAUGAUGACAAUAAUUACGAUAACAUUGGUAGUUACGAAAGAUCUGACAGAGGCGGAGGUAGAGGAGAUGGUUAUAGAGAAAGAUUAAAGGGUAGAGGCGGCAGGGAAGGAUUUAAAAGUCGAAAUAGAGAUGAUGAUGAUAAAAAUGGUAGCAGUGGUGGAUAUGGAGGCCACAACAGAGACUAUAAUAACGACGACGGAAAUAGUGGUAGCAGAGGUGGAUACAGAGGCCGUAACAGGGACGAUGAUAAUGAUGGAAAUAAUGGUAGUAGAGGUGGAUACAGAGGCCAUAAUAGGGAUGAUGACGGAAAUAAUGGUGGUAGGGGGGGAUAUAGAGGCCGUAACAGGGAUGACGAUGGUGGAAACAGUCGUGGCAGAGGUGGAUUCAGAGGACGUUAUAGAGACAAUGGUGAUGAAAGUGGUGGUGGUGGUGGUGGCUAUAAUGAAGAACCUCAGAGACCAAAAGAAAAUUACAUUCCACCAGAAUUAGCUUCUGAUGAUUCUUUGUUUGAAAAUGGUGUGGCCGUUGGCAUUAAUUUUGAUAAGUAUGACAACAUCAAAGUUAAAGUAACUGGAGAUAAUCCACCUAACGAAAUACAUGAUUUUGAAUCAGCUGGUCUUAGAAGCAUAGUACUUGAUAAUAUCAGAAAAUCAGGAUACACAAAACCAACUCCGGUGCAGAAACAUGCUUUACCUAUAAUAAUGGAAGGUCGUGAUUUGAUGGCGUGUGCACAGACGGGUUCAGGAAAAACUGCUGCAUUUGCAAUUCCUAUUAUUAACACAUUAUUAGAGAAGCCUACCGACUUAGUUGUAUCCUCAUUUCAUUGUGAACCACAAGUUGUUAUAAUAUCGCCUACCCGCGAGCUUACUAUACAAAUUUGGCAACAAGUUGUUAAAUUUUCAUUACAUUCAAUCUUGAAGACUGUUGUUGCAUAUGGUGGAACCUCUGUUCAACAUCAAAGUGGGAAACUUUCCGGAGGUUGUCACAUUCUCGUUGCAACACCUGGAAGAUUAUUAGAUUUUCUAGACAGAGGAAAAAUUAAAUUUUCUUCGGUCAGAUUCCUUGUAUUGGACGAAGCAGAUCGUAUGUUGGACAUGGGAUUUCUACCUUGCGUAGAAAGAAUUGUGGACCAUGCAACAAUGGUUCCUUUGGAGGAGAGACAAACAUUAAUGUUCUCUGCUACCUUUCCAGAUGAUGUACAAGGCUUGGCAAAGAGAUUUUUAAACAAUUAUGUGUUUCUCGCAGUUGGCAUCGUAGGUGGGGCAUGUUCAGAUGUUGAACAAAAGUUUUAUGAAGUUGAGAAGAGGAAAAAGAAAGAAGUGCUGAAAGAUGUUUUGGAGAAAGAGAAUGAUGCUGGGACAUUGGGUGGUACUCUAGUAUUUGUAGAGAUGAAGAAGAAGGCUGAUUUUAUAGCAGUAUUUCUAUCUGAAAACAAUUAUCCCACUACUAGUAUACACGGUGACAGAUUGCAAAGUCAACGGGAAGAAGCGUUGGCUGAUUUCAAAAGAGGAAAAAUGUCUAUUCUAGUAGCUACAGCAGUUGCUGCUAGGGGAUUGGAUAUUAAAAAUGUUUCUCAUGUUAUAAACUACGACUUGCCAAAAACAGUUGACGAAUAUGUUCAUCGAAUUGGUAGAACAGGUCGCGUGGGCAACCGCGGAAGAUCAACAUCGUUCUUCGAUGCCGACCAGGAUGAACCUAUUCGAAAUGACCUUGUGAGGAUAUUGAAACAGGCGAAUCAACCUAUUCCAGAGUGGAUGAUUUCAGGAAAUUCGAAACGAAACUUUACGCCCGGUAGAGGAAAUCAAUUCGGUGGAGAAGAUAUCAGAGAUUUCGAACCAAACAGUGAACAGUAUGGCGAAGAAGCAUACACACCUGCUCCGUCAGCCAACGAACCAGAAGAAUGCUGGUAGAUAACUAUUUCUUUCACCUAUACGUUUUUGUUAUGACAUCAGAACAACGAUACUACGCGAUUUUUUCAUUCGUUUCACUGCAAUCAGAGAUACAGAGUAGCUCUUUUCCUAAUUACGUUUAUACAAGUAGACUUGUAUGUAUCAUGUAACAGGUUUUAGUUGAAUUUUUAUUUUCUUUAUUAUUUGUUCCGACAAUAGCCAGUGACGUAUUUGACAUUAAAGCAUAGAGACUGUACCGUGUACCUCUUUAGAAGUAGAUUAAGUACAAAAUAACGGGACAAUGUUACCUUUGUUGAUGCGGCGAGUUUAAUUUUAAGAGACAUUACAUAAUUUACGGAAAUCUCAUUUAGUCUGCAUUCAAAGAUGCGGUAUUAUUAUUAUUAUUACAGUACUUCUCCAUCGAUCGUACAAACGUUAGUUUUUAAGAAGUUAUAAAAAGAUGAUAAAGUAUCGUAGAAAGCAUAUAUUAUUUUAUAAAGUAAUACUCUAUAAUAUUAUGUUAAGUGUUUUAUACGU